AUGGGCUUCUCAAAAUCCCCUGCUCUUGAUGCAAUCACCACAAACACUCAAGAAAUUGGGGUUCCUCCGGUAUUACGAAUCAUGGAACGUGUUGGGGAUUACAUGAUAUUUGAAGAGAUCUUAUUGAGACUACCUGCAAAGGUAGUUUGUCGUUUCAAAUGUGUUUCUAAACAAUGGUGUUAUGAAUUAUCUACACCAAAGUUUGUUUUCAUCCAUGCUCGACGAGUUGGAAAUUCAAUACAAAAGAAGUUGCUCUCCUUGAAAGAAAAUUCAAUUGUCGUUGAUGACAUUGUAGCUGGCAACUUAGAAGAAGAUACAAGCGAAACAGUUACUUUUCCAUACGAUGUCGAGCCAUCCUUUUUAAGCAUUAUAGGUUCGUUUAACGGACUGAUUUUACUUUGCAUUAAAAGGAGUUACAAUGAGCUCGUCCUUUGGAAUCCAACGACGAGGCGUUUUAAGUUGAUAUCGGACGACUAUUUUAGUCGUUAUUUUGGUCGACACAACGAUACGGGUGGAAUGUACUUUGACGAGCACAACGAUCUAAAAGUGCUUCAUAUUAAUUGUUACUGGGACGUAGUUACUGCUCGUGUAUAUUCACGACAUAAUGACUCAUGGAGAAAAUUGAAUUUCUUGAACGGAACUCAGUUAGGUUCAAACUUUUAUUCAUGGUCUCCUGGAAUUUAUUCCGACAAAAAAAUAUAUUUCAUGGUUUCCAAUUACUGGAUUCCACCCGGUGAAAGGAACAUAGUUGUUUUCGAUGUUAUAUCUGAAACUUUUAGUAUACUUCGUUUUCCGGAGCAUAUGGAAGUCAAUCCUUGUCAAGGACAUUUUCUAACAAUUUCCAACAAGCUGCAUGUGAUUGUCGUUCAAUAUGCUGGUGAACUAAUUGCAGAUUUGGUCAAAUAUGAACAUGAUGAGUGGAUCAAGGUACUUGACAACAAAGAAGAACUGAAAACAAAACUGAAGGAGAUACAUCGUGAGAAAUCUGAUGCUUUUAUUCUGACGAGCCAGACGGAGAUAAGACGAAACUGGGAGUGCCCGGGUGGAAAGAGAGGUACUAUGAAGAGAAGUUCUCUGCAAAAUCUUCUAAAGAGCUUGAGGAAAUACGGAGAGAUGUUGCAUUAUGAACAAAUAAUUGUAUAUGAUAACAAAAGAAGACAAGCAAGUUUUUUGGAACAGGGCUGUAGCAAACAGAGCCCACCUUUUGGUAGUAGAAACAUGUAA